AUGCAGCUCUCUUUCUUGUUCUCGGUCCUCUACUUCGCUGCAGGCGUUGUCUCCCAAGAGAAUCGGAAUUUGCGAAUCGCUUACGAGAUGAUGUGGUUGUGGAACAACUAUCAGCUUGAUCUGACCAAGCCUGAAGCUGACCGCACCAUCGGAUAUCGUUGCGUGAACUGGCUUGCGGCCACGAGCGAAUGUGACUCGGGCGUGUACCAAGCUUGCACAGGCUCCAUUACUGAAGCAGGCAAAGAAGGCACUUGUUCCUUGCGAGAGUUCUUGGCCCAUAUUUGCAACCAGCCUGCGUGGCGUACCCAGGUAGUGAUACCCGGAAGGAAUACCGCCGCAAUUCAAAACAACCUGACUCCCGACAUUGAAUCGACUGUUGAAAAUUUGUAUUCUAGCAAUCAGAGAUACACUCGAAGACAUUACAAGCCUCAGAACACGAUUAAAUAUUGUAAGUGUAACUUCAGAGUCUCUCUCCUUCCAUUGAAUUCCGAACGAUAUUGUGGCAAGAAACAAAGUGAAUAA